GGUAGAAACGCGACGAGGGGAACUUGUGCGAGGUACAUCGGCAGAUGCGGCUUUCGACGCGCCGCCAACAGCACUGCCACACAGGUAUGCGACGGAGUUAGCUGCUGAGAAAAGUGGAGGUCAAACAAGUUUCGGAUUCAAACCAUCAAAUGCUGGAAUACUGAAGCGAGGAGGAUCUCGAACGGGUGCCGCAGCCUCGGCUCCAUCGUCGCUGCCACCGGGUAGCAGUCCUGUCGAUGAUGCUGCAAGCAGCGAGAUGCAGGGACCUUCAUCGGUGGAGGAUGAACUGCAUUAUGCUGGUCGUGGCAACGGUAAAGAUCAAAGUGCAGAAAACAAGAAAGCCCACUUUCUGUACUACGCGGAACCUCCAAAGAGUACGUUCUCAGCGUCUUCAGUUGUCGUUUCUGCAGAUCAACUGCUAGACACAGAUCACGCGAAAAUGCGAAUACCCACGGGGCCCAAAGCGUCUUCGGGUCUGGCCUUCUAUCCGCUCUCUGCCAGCAAAGAGUACGGUAUUCAGGUCCACAGCGCUAGUGCUGGUUUGCAAAUGACACCUCAGCCAAGGAUACCCUCUGGAGUAGCAUUUCUCAACAAUAGCCACCCUGCGGUAGACAUAACGGGGACCGCAGACCAUCAUGAUUCUCUCAUGCGUAGCACUCUCAUGUUGAGUAGGUGGACGCCUGCUGCGCCGUCUCCUGCACCACCAACGAUUUUACGAGGCCAUUCUUCUGCCCGAUUUUUGACUGAGCAGGUUUCUUCAGCUGCUGGACAUCAAAAUAAAGGAAAAGAAUUGCCUCCAAAUAGUUCUUCCACCUCAAGCAGUACCACUUGUCGCUUUACAGAAGCAAGCGCGCCUUCUACAUGUUGUCUGGGAGAUGACGGAGGUAGAGUAAAAAUAGCCUCUGAUGAGGAGCUUGAGCAUAGUGCUGAUUUAGCAGAAAGGCACAUUCUUGGAAGUAAGGCUGGCACGAGUGACCAAGUACUUCAACAGUCGUCCAGGAGCUCUCCUGCGGACAUUCGAGCCUCCUCUGCCAAGGUGGCAGCAGCGGCAACAGAACCAGCUACAUCAUCUUGUUCAGGGUCAGCGCGAUACCAGCCCCCGCCACCAAGGGCCUUACGGUACCUGCCUCCCGGCAUUUCCCUGCAACCUCCUCCGCAGCUAGCUGGUAAGGUUCCAGUCGUCCGCGAGAGCUCGACGGCGUCUUUGGUUGUCAUGUCGGCGUCUGCGAGUUCGCGGGAGUUGACCCCGCUAGCUACGCGGCGAGUAUCUAGUGGCUCAAUCUUGGCUCAGCGGCCCCUGAAUUGCAACGGCACUUUUACGGCUACACCAACUUUGCUAGGCGCUGCUCCGCCCCCAGUGCGCGUUGUUGUUGCAACCUCAGCAUCGAGCCGAGGUGCGUCACCUGCGUCCACUCCCGUUUUCGCUGGCACUACCCAACCAAUUAGCAAUCUCGCUCGGCCACCGGUUGUUGCAGGGAGGAUGCAGAGUUACCAGCAAAACAAAGCUAAGGCGGUACUAGGAAAUCGUAUGAGAGGUCGUCCAUCGAAAGAGGCUGGCGAAGUGGAAGAGAGCGUAAGUGUCGCGCAGUCACCAUUUGGCGUUGCACGCAAGUCGUUCAAUUCCGUACCAUUGGCUGCAAAAACAGGUCGCGCGUCCUCAACUAUAAUGCCGCCAUUGGAGCGCCACCACUAAGCUAAGGCCACUUAGGCGCAUCCAAACUCAAGAGCCAGGAUAUAGACAAUCAGUCUAAGUACUCAAGUACAAAAAAGAAUCUCUUGUAAAAAAUCUACUAAAAGAAAGUCAAACUACAAACUACACUGUAGGACAUGCUAGCUUCAACUUCAUGAUCAAUCUGCAUGAAGUCGCACGACUCGUACACUCACACUAGUUGUCAAUUGAAAGAAAAGCGAAAGCGUGCUAUGUAUUGGAAUUUAACAUUUUUUUCGAUUUCAUCUUCAUCAACACUUCGCACACUGACUCUACUAUAAUAAUAUGUCAUACCGAUACAACCUAAUAGAUACAGAUGCACCAUUGACAUGCAGAUGCAUUGACAAGAAAACAGACAAGAUGCGUACCGGUACCCGCCAUACCCAAUGAAAACGACACUUUCAAUACAAAAAAUUAGCUAACAGUGACAUUAUCAUUAAGAACUA